AUACCUGAAUAAAUAAAAAUAUUUUGAUUAAAUAUUGGUUAUUAAAUGAAAAUACACUUUCAUAUUAAAGCUGAUUAAUAUUUUGCUUAUUAUCUUGAAGCAUCAUGCUGAAUUAAUGAAUCUGGCGACAUAACACAUAAACAGAAAAUAUGAAACUACAAAAUCUAAUAUUGUUAAAAGCAAAAACAAAGCGUUCUCUUCUUUUUUCAGCCAGUUAUAUUAUAUAUAAAAAAAGAAAAUGUAUGAAAUGAAAUUGUGUUGAAAGUUAUAAAUUUCUGUGGUUUAAUUGUUAUUAGCAGAUAAAUAUUUUGUCAAUUAAAUAGAUUGCUAAAAAUGUACGGCUAGAUCAAGCUUGAACUGGGAAUUACCACCUGCAAUUCUUCAAGAUAAUAACUAUAUAACAUCAUAUUUACAUGGCUGUUGAUUCAAGUGAUUGGCCAGUUAUUCCAAACAGUGAACGAGAGCCAGGACAGUAUGCUUCAGCGCAUACGGAUGAUGUAGAUACUAAAGCUGUAUCAGACAAAUGGAAAUAUGAAAAGCGUCAAAAUUAUUACGCUAACAGCUGGAAGUCAAUCCGAAUGAAAAAUGGUUCAUGCCAUUUUGAUGGAUGUACACGAGUACGUCAAAAAACUUUUCAGGAAUCACUGUCACAGUAUGGAAAUGUAACAAACAUGUUCUACUCCAAAGAUUAUCAUCUCCACCUAUGUGUUCCAGUCGUUCAUCCUCACUGUGCAAAUAUAAAAAGAUUACAAAGACUCGAUCUGCCUGGCACAGAUUGUCCAGUAUACAGCUGCUAAACCUCGUUUUUAUGUAUCUGUUGUUUUCGUCAUUUAUGUUAAAUCAGGCUGUAACUGCUGCUGCCUGUUCAUCGUGUCCAAGUGAAUGUUCUUGCACUUCUGAGCCAGGAAACCAAUGUUAUGUUGAUUGUUCUGGAAGAAACUUGAAUUCAUUUCCUUCUGGAUUAGACUCAAGUGUUAAAAAGCUGGACCUAUCAAAUAACAAUAUUGAAGCAAUACCAGAAACUUUUUUUAAUGGAUUUUCUUCUUUGGAAGAAUUAUCACUGCAUAACAACAACCUCAAUUCUUUAACAAAUUAUGUAUUUCAACAACUAACAAAUCUUAAUAAUGUAACACUUUCCGGUAAUAAUUGGACAUGUACAUGUGAUAUUGAAUGGCUCCAACAGCUUGUAAAAGGAGAAGGUGAAUUUAUCACCGGAAUCAACGUGCAUGACAAAAAUCAGAUUGUAUGUUCUAGCCCUUCAUCACUUCUGCACCAAUCCCUCAAAGAUGUUGAUCUGUCCACUGUGAAAUGCGCAUCUUCAUACAUCUCUUGUCUUCAUCAUUCCAAUGGAACGAACACUGUAAUUUUAUGGCAAUAUACUGACUUGGAAUCAAGUAUCACUGAGGAUGUUGAAUGCAAAAAACAGUGUCUCAUAUCUGGAUACUCCUAUGCAGUGGUUCAUACAACUGAAUCGAUGUGUUUAUGUUCAUCGGGCACACUUCCUCAAAGUAUAGGAUCUACUUGUGAUGAUGUUUGUUCUGACACUGUGUCAACUGAUGUUUGUGGAAGACAGGUUGUUAACAACAAUGUACUACUUGCAAGCAUAUCAUUCCGUAUAGAUGGGUUAAGAACGUACUCUCAGCAUGAAGCGAUUCAAUUGUCUGUGACUCCUGAUUUCAAAGUUGAAAGCUGUCCUAAUUUUAUUUGGAAUUUCAAUGAUUCCACUGUCGUCAUUGUCACUGAAAAGUUUGAUGUGAUGCACAAAUAUGCGUUGGCUGGAUCGUACUACGUCACUAUCACUGUGAACUGCAAAAAUGUUUAUGAUUCAUACAGUAUAAUGGUUAAUGUUGAGGAACCAAUUGGUGAUGUUAGUCUACAAUGCAAUAAGGUUAUCGAAUUAGGUGAAAGCAUAAAUGCCACAGUUGAUGUACAACACGGAUCUCAGCCACGAUUAAUGUGGAAAUCCUCAUUGAAUGGAACAGUGGAAUAUGAUGAAACAUUCCUACCAACUGGCUCCAGCUUUCUAGAGUCUUUGCAGAUUGGAUAUAUUUUGAAAACUGGGCCACAAAAUUUGAUGAAUGCACAAGCUUCUUGCCAAGAAAAUCAGGGCAAUCUAGUUGUAGUUGACAGUUCAACAAUAUCAGACUAUCUUCAGAACAAUCUCAUUGUCGAUGCCGUUGCGAGUGGAAACAAAUUAUUCUGGAUUGGUGUUGUGAUUGAUGAUGUAUUGGGAGGAACAAUAUUCCAUGUAACACAACAAUCAGUUUCUGGUUCGAUGUUUUCAAACUGGGCUGUGGAUCAACCAAAUCUUGGAGACGCCUCAGCUAGAUGUGUUGCUCUCAAUGCAACAGAUGGCGGGAAAUGGUACACACUACCGUGCACGGAUUCUCUGCCUUACAUAUGCCAGUAUCGAAGUCCAGAUAUUGCCGAAGAGCCUCAUCAUUAUAUAUCUGGUUCAACUCUGUUUGGAAGUUCCACAACAUCAGCGCUUGAAAAUUUAGUUGAAUCUGCCCCGACCUCAAUUUCCGCGAGUGAAAAGGUAUACACUCUACUUUUUCCUGGAUUGUGGGUUUAUCAUGCUGGAACUUCCACAAGCUGGGAGUUCAGUGGUUCAUCAACAUCUGUUACAGCAAUUAGACUUCAAAUAUUCAGACCAGUAUGUGCUUCUGGCUCACAACUAAUCCGACCAGGUUGUUCGUCCUUUGGCAAUUCAUAUUCGACUUGUGGAAGUGCUGUUGAAUUCAAUACAUGCAUAAAGAAAAUAACCCCAUGUGAAUCUGGACAACAACUUUGUCCAAUAACUAAUUCAUGCAAGGAAUUAUCCGAGCCUUGCAGUCAUUAUGCUGAGAAUGUUACCAGUUCCAUACCAACAGCAGGUAUCCCGUCUUACAAAUUGGUCGGUGAAUAUGUUGUCAGUUCUUCUUUGAACAAUAACAAAAUUUACCAGCUUAUUGCACAAAAUGGUGAAGAAUUGAAAAUGGAUGAUGUAAUUGGAAUUGCAUUCAGUCAUUCUAUAACAGAUCACAACAGCAUUCAACUCACUGAUUUGCCCUUACUUUGUCAGUCAACAAACUUGAGUCUCUGGCGUCAGAAUGCUAUGUUGGUUCAAACAGAUUCUUGGACAACUAAAAAUUCUAACCUUGAUACAUCAACAAAUAACUGGAUUGAGUCUGUAUGGUGUGACAUAAGAAUGCAUUAUAGUCAUCGAUCUACAGGAUCAAUUCCGUCAUCAACAUUCCUCACCCCGAGCGAAGCUGGAAAUUUAACUUUCAUUGUACAAGCAUUCAACAAUGUAUCUCAAUCUGAUUCUUCUUCAUGCAAUGUAGAAGUGAGAGAUUUGGUUAAAAGUGCAAAGUUAAUAUCACCUCCAUCUACCGGUACAAGUCCUGAAGGUUACCCAAUUAUUGCUGUAGAAGCAGGUACAACAGCCAAAAUUAUAUUAGAAAUUGAAGGCGGUGGGUCAAAUGUGGAAACGCAAUUUGAAGGUAUCGAAGGCAGGAGUGGUUUGCUAUCAGAAUGUCCUUCAGAAAUCAUUAAAACAUACACAGAAUGUACGACAAAAUCUACCGGGAACUUGAGAAUCACAGCUACUGAUAUCCCCAUAACUGCAAAUUCAUCUUUGAUAACGGCUACUGUGAGUAAUGCGUAUAGUUCCACUGGAAUAACAAUCAGAGUCACAACUGAAAUAGCAAUCACAGGACUUCGAAUUUUGCCUGCUGCUACUACACGAGUACUGGCCAGCAUUCCUCAGGUGUUCACAGCAGAGGUUGACACAGGAACGAACAUUGUCUAUUCAUGGGUUGUUGAUGAUUUAACUCAAUUCAUAUACACCAACCAACAAUAUAAUGUUUUGUUUCGUACACCUGCUGUAUAUGUCCUAUCAGUUCAGGCAACAAACGGAUUGGGAUUAAUGAAUACAUCAGUGACAUUGACUGUUGAUGAAAUGAACAGACUUUCUAGUUUACAAUUUGUUGAUGCUCCUAGUCCAUUUAUCGCUGAAACAGGUGCAGAUAUCGAAAUCAAAGCAAAGUUUUUGGUUGAUAUCAACAUCAAUUAUCAAAUUGAAUGGACAAUCAACAAUGUGGCAGAGACAGGUGCUGUAAUUAAUCAACCUCAUAUGGGUGACCCAGAUCCUGAUCCAGAUAUAGAGAGAGUUUAUGGUACUGACUCUAAAAAUGCAUCAUUUCCAACUACUGGUGAAAAAAGCAUCAAGAUAAAAGUCUUCAAUGAAUAUGAUUCCAUCUCUGAAACAAUUACAGUUGACAUCCGAUCCCUGCUCACUGGUGUUGUGAUAGAAAUGACAUCGAACGUGCCUGCUGUUGGUGACGAUCUUCAGUUCAGAGUAUCAGGAUCACCCUCAACAUAUGGUGCUGUAUUUACUUAUGACUGGGGUGAUGGAACAACAGAUCCAGAUUCUAAUCAAGGAACAAUAACUCAUAGAUAUUCUUCUCCCGGAACAUACACAGUAAACAUGACUGCAGACAAUAAAUUAAACGCAAUGUCAAAUACAACAAUGAUCACUAUCUAUGAAAGAGUCACAGGCCUUACUCUUACGUCUGAUGGACCUACUGAGAUUUCAACAUCAACUGUUUUGACUGCUGACAUUGUCACUGGGAAAGCAAGUGCUCUGUUCUCAUUUGAUUUUGAUUCGCUGCCAUCCACUGAUAAUGUUACAGACUUGUCAUAUACUGUGAUCUACCCAUCUUUGGGAAGAUAUAAUGUAUCAGUUACGGCCACGAACCCCAUCAGUUCAGAGCAGAAGUUUCUUGAGGUUCAUGUGUUUGCAAUUGACGUAACAAAUGUCAACACAACUGAAGGAUGUUUCAAAACAAAUGGAAAUGCAACAAUGCAAGCAUUCAUGCCUACUGAUGUUACAACCCUGUUUGACUACGAAUGGAUAUUUCAAGAUGGGACAUCAAUAGAUGUUGACUCAAAUAAUACUAUAAAUCAUGUUUUCACGACUGCUGGCUACCACAAUGUAACUGCAAGAGUCAAGAGCAAGAAAACAUCAAAAUAUGAUGAAAUGUCUGUGAUAGUGUGUAUUGAAGAUGAAAUAACUUCCGCUGCAAUAACUGACUCGCCAGAAACUGAGAUAGGAUCAUCGACCACUUUUAAAUUGAAUUCUGUUGGUGGAACAAAUCCAGUGUAUAAGAUUGAUUUUGGUGACGGCACCUUGGUAGAAAAUAUCACAUUAGCAGAUAUCACCCACACCUAUUCUAGCACUGGAAACUACACGGUAACAUUCACUGCAAAAAAUCUUGUGAGUGAAGUGACAGACAUUGCUUAUGCUGUUGUACAAGAAGCUGUUCAAGGAAUCAAUAUUAGUACAUCAUCCACAUAUUCACCUUUAAUUGCAAAAGAUUUGCAAGUAUUAUACACUGCGACCUCAACUAAUGGUACUGACCUUGAAUAUCAGUGGGAUUUUAAAGAUGGAAGCGCAUUACAGAGCGGAAUCGAGGCAAAUCACACUUAUAGCACUACAGGAGAUUUUAAAAUUACUUUGACGGUUUCAAAUUUGAUCAGUUCAAAAACCUUUGACUUUGACAUUACUGUAAAAGAACCUGUGACUGGAGCAAGUAUAACUGGACAAGGAUCCAUUAUCAGAGCCAAUACAAGUGUCACUUUCACUGCCUCAAUCAGUACCGGUGGACCUGGGGAGAAUUAUUAUUGGAAGGUUACCCCUGGACAUGAUUAUACUUUAUCUACAUCGACGUUUACUUAUGUAUUCACGGAUAUUAAAAACUACAGCAUAUCUGUUAAAAUUGAAAAUGAGGUGAGUGCAGAUUAUGCAGAAAUAUUUGCUCUUGCUGCUGACUUAAUUCUCGGAGUCAAUAUAUCAACGGACGCUUUGGUGGAUGGAAAAUAUACUGCAAGAAAUGAAAUCACUAGAUUUGAAGCUUUGUUAGAUUCUGGUGAAAACAUUUCAACUACAACUGCAGGAAGUUCAAGUGCUGUUACAAGUGACUGGACCAUUUCAAUAAAUGGUGUAACAGAAGAAGUUUACAAUGAUUCUUCUAUCAUAUUUCACUCAUUUAAAGAAGUUGGUAUAUACACCGUCAGUGUUAAUGUAAGCAAUGGAGUCAGUUCAAAACAAUCUGAAAUUACAGUUGAUUCCAUUGAUAGGAUUGGUGACAUUAAUUUUAUGGUCAUUGAUGGUUUUGAUGGAGCAGCUGCCACAGGAUCAGAAGUCAAAAUCAUGGCAAUCGUAUCUGUUGGCACAAAUUUAGAAUUCUUUUGGGAUCCAAAUGAUUCUGGUGCAGCAUAUGCUGAAGUGAAUGAUACAAAUUUAACAUACACAUACUCAGCAGCUGGAAAAUAUUAUCCUUUUGUUCGAGUUGAAAAUCCUCUUGGAAAUAAGACUGAAUCUUAUGAUUUGACUGUCCAAGAUGUUGUUACAGGACUUGAAAUCACCCACAUGAAUGCAAUCGUUCCAUUCAAUGUUCCAUUAUCUCAACAAACACAUUUCGUAGCUUCCAUUUCUUCUGGCACUGAUGUCAUUUACUCAUGGUAUUAUGUAGGCGAAUCUGGUACAUUAUCUGAUAUAGAAAACUCUACAAACACUCAAAUGAAUUGGAAAUUUCCAGAGGUUACCACAUACAAGCUCAUAGUAAAUGCAUCCAAUCUUGUCAGCUGGGAUCAAGUCAAUUACACAGUGACUGUUGUGACACCGAUUUCCAAUCUUGAUAUUGUUUCUGACUCUCUGCUUGUUGCAACUAAUGCUACAGUCAAGAUCAAGGGAACAGUGGAACAUGGUGACAAUGUUAAUUUCAAGUUCUAUGUUAAUGGGUCAGAAUUAUUAGCAGCAGUGGUGAAUGAGAAGGAAUCUGAAACAUCAUCUUAUUUUGUUUCACCCGGUAUAUAUGAAGUUUAUGUUGAAGCAAGCAACAAUGUGAGUUCUUCAAAUCUGACAAAAAUAAUUACAGUUCGAGAUCCGAUAUCUGGUGUGAAAAUUGAAGGAUGUUGUACUGAUGCAAUGUAUGUGGCAACUGGGGAAAAUCUGACCUUUUCUGUGAAAACUGAUUCUGGCACAGACAUUGUUUACUCUUGGAACAUUACGUAUGAAACUGGUCAAGUCAUUCAAGCAAGCGGGCAAGAAAUUCACAAAACAUUAACAGUUCCUGGACGAACUGAAGUUAAAUUACUUGCAAAUAAUGGAGUCAGUGAAAGCAUAAUAGCUCUAACAUUGCAGCUUCAGGAUAAGUGUCUUGUGCAACUGUCUGUAGAAAAUCCAGGAAGAACACAAUACAUAAAUGAAAACAUCACUUUGAACAUAAAUGUUGUAGUUGGAACUAAUGUAUCACAUACUAUUGACUGGGGAGACUUUCCAAGCAUUCCAGAUAUAACUACAGCAAGCACAGCAGUUCAUAUAUAUAGAUUUAAGAAUGAUUACACAAUCACAGUCAACACAAGCAAUCAAGUUAGUUGGGUUGAAAAUACAGCUUCAGUGACGAUCAGCAAACUUGCAUGUGUUGCACCUACAAUCUCAUUUGUUGAAAGCAGCAAAUCUUCCAAGUUUUUUCGUUCUCGAACAAUAUAUGUUGAGUCAACAAUCACAACAAACUGUUCUGAUUAUGAUGUUUCUUACACUUGGCUUGUCUAUAAACAAGAGGACUGUACUACACUUAAUCCAAACAAUGUCCAGAAAAUCUCUGUUGGUUCCAAUAAACCAAUGCUGGUUCUUCCUGCAUUAACACUCGAAGUGAGCAACUACUGUUUUGAAGUUGAAGUAUCGUAUGAUGACACUUAUCUGUCAGAUAAAUCUGCUGUAUCAGUGGCUGUACUUUCUACUCCUUUGACUGUUGUUAUCAUCGGUGGAACAACAAGAUUUUUAUCAAAAGGAGCUCCACUGGUUCUUGAUGCUGGGUAUUCAUUUGAUCCUGAUGUCCCAUCAGAACAACAGAAAGGGUUGUCAUUUCUAUGGACUUGCAAUUCAUCAAAUGCACUAACAGAAGAAGAUUAUGGUUACAUAAAUAGCACAGUUACGAAGACUGCCCAAUGUGACAUACCACUGGCAUAUCAGACUGAAUAUCAAUUCAGUAUACCUCCUGAAACUCUUGAAGAAGAAAUGCAAUAUGAUUAUAAGGUGACAGCUUCCAAGACUGGAAAAACUGACUCUUCUGCUGUUCAAAGAGUUGUUGUUGUUCCACGUACUAUACCUACAACAACAAUAGUUUGUUAUACCUGCUACUCCAUGGCUUCAUAUCAGAUCAGUGCUUCAUUUCACGUUGGAUUGCAAGGAUCUUGUGACACAUGCUCAAGCACCGAUAAUAUAAAAUAUAUCUGGGAAGUGUUGAGAGUAUCGGAUAAUGGUUCUGAAGAAGAUACUAUAUUUCCACUUGAUCUUGAAACAACAACAACAGGAGCACAAUCAAGAUAUUUGGUUGUGAAGGAAGGAGCACUGGUCAACUCAUACACCUAUCAGUUCAAACUACGGAUCAAUGUUGAUGGAGAGGAAGGGUACUCUAAGCUGGUACUUGGUCCCAAUUUGCCUCCUUUAAAUGGGACGUGUGUUAUGACAUAUGAUGGUUGGCCUACAAAUCCUAUAUAUGCCCUGGAUACCCUGGUGUCUUUCUCUUGUUCCAACUGGCGAGAUGAUGCUGCAGAUUCUGACUCACCUUUAGUGUACACAAUUGUUGCAUGUCGACGUUCAUCUACAGGAUUUGAAGAUACUGACGACACAUUUAUUCUUUAUCGAGGAACACAGUUAUCAUACGAGGGAUAUGUACCUCUUGGGCAUGCAGAUUAUGGAUAUUUGGUCAACAUCAAAGUAUUAGUUGAAGAUCAGCUUGGUACAUCUACCCUUGGUUUGGAUCAGAAUGUAACAGUAACUAUGGGAGAGAGAGACUCACACAUUGAUUGGUUGGUUCAAAAAAUACAAGUGGAAUUGACGAUUUUAGAAAAAUUAAAUGAUCCACAAGAUAUUUUGGAUUUUUCUGCUGCUGCCAUUACUAUCCUUAAUUCGGUGUCAGCUCAGAACAAUAUCAGUGUUGCUGAUACAGAAUAUAGUAAAAGAGUUGCUGUGAGAGAGAAAAUUACGCAAACUGUUACCGGGAUUGAAACAACUACCCUGAAGGAAGUUCAGCAAGUUGCAUCUGUAUUAGAACAAUGCAUGAAAGAACCAAUGGAAAUGCAAAAUCCAAGCAUUCAGCAAAAUGUUGUUGCCAGUGUUGAAAACAUGGUAACGAGAUUGGGAGAAUUUGUUAAUAAAGAAGGUCAAACAACAUUCCAGAGAGCGACAAACGAUGUGCUAGAUAUUAUUGGUGGUUUAAUCAGAGUUGUCAACUAUGCUGUAUAUGACACCGUGACCGCAGAAACAAUUGCAAAUCCUAAUGCUGGAAACGUGUCUGUCAACUACACUGAAGAAUAUCGACGUGAAAUUGUCAACAAACUGAUGACAAACAUUGAUUUACUUGUUGAAAAUGUACUGAAAAGCAAAGUAGUUGAUGAAGAAGCAGUUUCAUUCUUAUCUCCUGUAGUCAGUGUCACAAGUAUCAAGACAACCCCCAGCACAGCUCCAAAAGAACAAGUGAAUGGGGGUAUAUACUGGAAUCUUCCAAGUCAUGUAUUUGAUGGAUUGAGUUCUGAUAUUGAGAUGUUUGCAGUAUCAAUGGUUUAUGAGCAGAAUCCGUUUACCUAUGGCUUUCCACCUCAUAGUUUAUCAAGUAAUGGAUAUGCAAACAUCACUUCUCGAGUUCCAAGGAUAGAAUACACAUAUCCUAAUGGGACAGCAAUUCCUAUCACUAACUUGGCUACAGCCAGCGAAGGAAAUGAAAGACGAGUAAAACUUGUUAUGGCACAAAGUUCAUGGGAAUACUUGAGUGUUGCUGAUACAUUGCAGGUUGUAAAUGCUUCUGGUUCAAACUAUCAACCAAGGGCUGGACUUGUAUUUGAAUCAACUCCUGACAUGGUUGAACCUCUACAGUCUGUUGCAAUUACGAUAAAAAAUGAUAAUCGUGAUGCAGGAACAGCAGUUCACAUCAUGAUCAUAUAUACAAAAAAGUAUAACAACAAUAAAGCUGAGCCGAACCCAACCAUAGAGGCUUAUUUUGGAUAUUCACCUAAACCAAACAAGGAAGAUUAUGCUGCAAUAUUGAGGAUAUCAGAUGUUGAGAUGACAGAUGGUGCUAAUCAUCAACUUUAUACAUUCUUCUUGGAUCCAUCGUUGAAUGACACAACUGUGCCAGAAUUAUAUUUGAAUAUAUCCAACUACUUCACAUAUGAAAUCAUUGAUCUAAAGAUUGCAGUUUAUUACAGCUUAUGUCUGUAUUAUGGUGAAUCGAGUGACAUAUGGGCAACUGAUGGUUUAUAUCCAUCAUCAGAGUCCACAUACACUGUGUCAGUAUGUUAUUCAGACCAUCUCACAUCAUUCGGGUCUUUUGUCAUUAAUCCACCAAAUCUCAUCAAUGUCACUGAUAUUGUGAACAUUGAUUUUUCACAAAAUCCUAUUGCUCUGAUAACUGUGGUUGUUAUUAUGUUCCUCUACAUUGUUGCAAUGAUAUGGGCAAGAAAACUUGAUUUGAGAGAUAUUAAGAAAGCAAGUGUAAUUCCGCUUUGUGGUUUGGAUGGUUCAUUCAAAUAUGAAAUUACAAUCAAAACUGCUGCUGGGAUUGGAAGUGGAACGACUGCCAAUGUUGGAAUAUGUGUUUAUGGAUAUGAUACAAGAUCAGGUUCAAGACAUCUAGCAAGAAAAGAUGCAUUUCAACGAGGUGCUGUUGACACAAUGCAAAUUGCUUCUGAUGUUAGUCUGGGUGAAAUUUAUAAAAUCAAGCUGUGGCAUGACAACACAGGUUUGGAUCCUGGCUGGUGUGUGGACCGUGUCAUGGUUCGUGAUCUUCAAACUGAAUAUAAGUAUUAUUUUCUGGUUAAUUCGUGGCUGCAAGUUUAUCCUGACGAUGAAGAUGAAACGUGUUUGGAAAAAACCAUCCGAGUUGCAACUGAGGAAGAAUUAAUGAAUUUUUCAAACAUUUUUGGCUCUCAACUAUCAUACGGAUGGGAAGAUGCACAUUUAUGGUUGUCCGUUAUUGAACGUCCAACUCGAAGCAGAUUUACAAGAGUUCAGCGAGUAACAUGCUGUGUUACUUUACUUCUGACAUUCAUGCUGUUCAGUGCCUUUUGGUAUCAAGGAUGGGAUGCAGAUGGUGAUGUAAUACCACAAGAUACUAUAGUUGGAAUUUUAAGAUGGAAAGAUAUUGCUGUUGGUGCAAUUGUCAGUUUGAUGGUCUUUCCACUGAGUCUCAUCAUUGUUUGCGUUUUCAAGAAAUCUAAGAGCAAGGUGGCACCAGUUAAACCCUGGCUUGAACGUUCAAGAACUGCACAAACAAUAGAAAUACUUGAUGAAAUCAUUGAUGGAAAUGGAAGACGUUAUAAUGCUGACAUGUCAGAUUCUGAUGAUGAUUACAGUGAAGGAUCUUCAAGGCAUCAUCAAGGAUUACCAGGACAAAAUGAAUUUUUAGCCGGAUAUUUCAAUGAAUCAGUAGAUGGUGGAUCACUAUUUCAUUCAAGAGCACAAACUCCUGUUAGCAUAAAAAGUAAACCGUAUGAAUCAUCUUCAAGUCGUAAAGCAAAAUUACAUAAAGGAUCUGGAACUGUUAAAUCUUUGGACAUUAAAGACAAGGUCUGGUCUGAUGACAGUGCAAUUCAGUUGUCUGAUAGUCCAUCAUCAUCUGGUGUGACAGGAUCAUCAGGAGAUAUAGCAUCUUCAAGUGAGGAUAGAUCAUCUACAAGUGGAAGCCCAGAUUGGCCGAACCGCACGAAUGCAACAAAAAAAGGUUUGUUACAUUCUCAAAAUGAAAACCAACUGCAGAAACCAGUGAAGUUUUCCACAACCCAGUUUACAGAAUCUCCUCAAAGUGUGACGAGAAAACCUCUUCGACGACGCAACACUGGUUUCGUCAGAAAUACAGACAGUGCUAGUCCACCUAACUUUGUGCCUGAGAAUGAAGAUGAUGAUGAAGAUAUUAAUGAUCUCUGGGAUGUUUUCGCAAAUAAUGAUGAUAUGGAGGAAGAUCUUGUGAUUACAAAUAAGCAAGCAGUUUUGAAACGUACACGAGGAACUAAGUUCAAUGAGAUUGAUGAAAUUCCACUUGGUGAUGAACAUCGAGGUUUGGUUUUAGACGAUGUACUCGUCAGUCACAGUGAUGAUGAUUCUGAUGAAAGUGAUGUUCCAUUACCAGAUUUUCCUACCAGUAGAGGUGAAAGCAGAAUGUCAAGAGCAUCAACAUACUUUGGAUCAAGUCCGCAGCCAUCUUCUGAAAAAUAUCUUCUACCACACUGGUGUAUUUAUCUCAACUAUUUUAUAUGCUUCAUUACAAUGGGAGUCUGUAUUCUGUUUAUCAUAUUGUAUGGAAAUGCAUUUGGUGCAGACACAACAAAAAGAUGGCUCUUGUCAAUGUUUGUUGCAUUGCUCGAAAGCUUCUUCAUUGUAGAACCUAUCAAGGUUGUUCUAUUUGCUGCUUUCUUGGCCUUGAUUACAAAACCAAUAAAUCCUGAUGAAAAUGAUAAUCUUGUGGAUGAACCUCUUGUAGAAGCAUAUGGACAUACUGAUAGUUUCAGCAAGGUGAGAGCACCAGGCGGUUUUGCUCUGGAUAAAUGCAAGCGUGAGGCUCAGAAAACAAAAAGAUCUAACAAGCUUCUUUUACAUCUGGCCAUCUAUUUGAUUUUCCUAUCGUCAGUUGCAGCAGUGGCAUCUUGGGAUCGUGACACCAUGGGAUAUUACAACACUCUUGCUGUUAAGAAAUCGUUAUUCAACACUGAGUUCAGGCUUCAAUCUGAUGCUGAAGGACCUCGGUGGCAGAAUAAAUCUUCAACAUUCAAUGAAAUUAGAACUGUGACAGAUAUCUGGGCAUGGCUUGAUCAAAUAUUUGCUGUGAAGAUAUAUGAAGCCAAAACAUCUUUGGAGAAUGAAAAUCUCAAUAACAAUCUUCUUGGAAAAGUCAGACUUCGACAACAAAGAGAUGUCCCAGGAAUCUGUUUUGUUGAUACUGGUCAGAGGCAAUAUAGUCAGAUAACAAACACGGGACAAACAUGUUUGAAUCACGACUCAGGGAAGCAAGAGACUGAUACUUUUGGUGUUGGCUGGACUAAUUCCACAAAUGAUUCAUGGACAUGGACUAAAGCUGAAUUUGGAGGUGUGAUGUACUGGGGUGAAGAUUUGAUAUAUGAUGAUUCUGGAUAUUCACAAUUCAUUAAUUCUUCAUCAACUGAAACUGAGGCCAAACAGAAGUUUACAGAAUUGCAAGAUCAGAAUUGGAUUGACAGGAAUACCAGAGUGGUGUUUGUAGAAUUCACACAACUCAAUCCAGCAACAUAUUGGUUUACUGUCUGUGCUGUAAUGUUUGAAAUUGGUGUCAGUGGAGGUGUGCGACCAUCAAUAGAUAUACAAACAGUCCGUAUUGUUGUGCCAAGUUCUUCUUUCUAUGUGGACAUGCUUUUUAUGUCAUUUGUCGGAAUCAUUGGUAUUAUUCUACUAGUGAUGGAAUUGAAAAAAGUCAGAGAUCCAAAAAUAACCCCACAACUAUACUUCACCAAGUGGACGAAUUGGGUUAAUCUAGUUGUCCUGGCAUUGACACUCACAUUAUGCAUCCUCUUCAUAUACAAGGAAAUAUACAUGGAAGAAGUCACACAAAGAUACAUAUCAGACAAAACCGCAUUCACCAAUUUCUAUAAGAUUGCUUUCUAUACUGAUUUAGUAACCAUUACUGCCUGCCUACUUCUAUUUGCUAUCAUAGCGAGGGCUGCAAGACUAUUGCGCUUUAUCAAAUCAUGGUCUUCAAUUGGUGACACCAUCGUUGCAAGUGCAGGAUAUCUGCUUGGGGCUUCAUUCAUGCUCAUGCUAUUUGUUCUCAACUUUGCAAUUCUUGGAUAUUUGGUUUACGGACAAAGCUACAAUCAAGUAAUAUCAGACUUCCGGGAUUUCCCAAAUGCAAUAUAUGCAAUGUUUCGUGCUUUUAGAGGGCGUCUUGAUGUCAGAACAUGCUUCGACUACAGUCCUUUCUUCACCAUAUUCUUUUUCUUUUCAUACUUUUUCGGAAUUUUCUACAUAUUUUGCCGGAUAUUUGCUGCCAUUCUUAUCAAUGAAUACAAGUUCAGUCAUGGCAGAAAAAGUCAUCUGAGGACGGACGUUCCAGAUUACGAAAUAUUAAAACAUUUAAUAGCAAGAAUUAAAAUGCGCCUUGGAAUCAUAAAACCAAAGCAGUAUCGACCUAUGGUAAGAUUCGAAGGAAUGUCAACUCCAUCUUCAAGAGGGUCAUUCAUGUCCCUAGACUCAUUUGACACAUGCUUCAUGCCAGGGAGGAUUUCUCAAUGUUCAUAUGCAACAGGAAUCUCUUCAUCAUCAUCAGAUUCUGGAUUUGGGACACCAUCGGAUCAUUCAAUAUCUGUGUAUGAUUACCUGACAUUAGACCAACCUUCAGACACACCAAUGGACAAUCAACAUCUUGACUACUUGUAUAACAGAUUGUCAAACUAUUCAGUUGACAUGAUGUUACAUAGAUUUGAACGUGUGAAUGUACUGACAAAUGAGGUCACUGAUAUGGAAUCGGAGGCUUUAGAAAUAACCCAGCGAAAGAAACAACUUGCAAUGCUGCAAAGUCAAGCAAGAGAGAUAGCUACGGCAGCAUCAAGUAUGACUGUACAGCCACACUUCAUACCUGCAUCUGAAAGUAAAGGAUCUGUGAGAAGUGCUGCAACCUAUUCUAGUCGAGGUCAUUUCAGCAUGCACAGCCAACAAACAUUAUCUCAAACAAGUUUGAACAGUGGCCGAAAAAGUGAAAUUUCAAAUGAUUCAAGAUUUCAAACAGUGAUGCAGAGCAUGUUUCCAGAUGUAGGCGACCCUUUACGUCGACCUCCAGUCAGGAGUAGUUCUUACACUGGUCCGUCACAGACACAAAAAGGUACUGUGCGAGGCACAAUUAGUGCAAGUUCUGUAUUGAAGAAAGAUGAAGAUCCAACUGGAAAAUGGGGCAUCGCGGUCCAUAAUUCCACAAAGAAACGACCACAUAGUGAUGAAGGUGUGCGCUUCAGUACAGACUCAACAUUACUAGCACAAGAAAAGCAUAGCCGUGCAUCUCUUAAUGAUCUCAACACACGUUAUAUAAAGCAAUCAUCCGGACGAUCUGGUUCUCCUCAUCCACAAAAAAUAGACUCUAAAGGUACUAAACACCGACCAAGUCCUCUUGGCAGAACUCCAAAGAAAAGUGCUUGGCAGCUGCAAUAAUAUUUUUUGCAACCUUACUCUUUUUCUUUUGGUCUGUCAAUAAGCGCACAACAUUCACACGUUUUACUAUUAAACUAUGGUCAUUCUGAUGAAGCAAUUCGAGGUCUUUAUAUUUUGGUGAAGUGCUUAUUGAACAGUGUAAGGUGUGAGUCCAUUUUAUAUAUCUUAAUAUAUUGUAUUUAAAUAUAAUUGUAGUUAGUAUCAUUUUUUGACAAUCUUAUACUGUGAGAAUCUUAGUAAAAGUAUUUAUAUUUAUGUGUUUAUUAUUUUUUCCAUGUUCAUCAUUAAUACUCGUGUGUUCCGUUUUUAAAGCUACAAUUUUUAUUUUCUAUCUCUUCACUAUUAUUAUAAUUCUUCAUUUUUACAAAUUAUUUUUGACGGCAAGUGCCAUUAAUCAUGUGCUGGUGCCAAUUUUUUACCUUUUUCAAAAUCACUGACAAAAGACUCAUUCAGUAAAAGUCUGCUAUAUUUUUAUACAUAUUGUAAAAAGUGUAAUUACAGUAUUUGUAUAAUAAAUUCGAAUAUUGAAA